GAAGGUCCUUCUGCUUUUGUGCUUUUGGUCAUGUACUCUAUUGUUGAAUAUCUAGAUUGUUUGAUUUUUACCUAAUACUGCUAUACCUUAUUGUCCAAAUGCCUUAAUUAUUUGGGAGUAAAACAACUAGUUGGAAAUCUAAUACUGCAAGAACAAGAUAAGGUGGAAUUCGUCGUGCAAUCAUGAUUUUUUAUGCCUAACUCUGCCUGGUUUCAAGACAAUGUGCGUCUGAACUGGUGAAAAAAUGGCCCCGAAGAAGAAACCAAAUAAGCCGGUUAAUAACCACCAACCUUCAGAUCCAGGCCUUGUGUCCAAAAUCAAUUUAAACAAUGAAGCUAUAGAUUCGACAAGCAAAAACCACAAGUUAAAUGGUCACAUUUUAACUGAUAAACAAAUGGUUGGAGAUACUGGUGUUCAUUUGAAUGGAUGCAAUGGGACUCACUUGUCUGAUUCUAGUGAAAGUUCUUGUUCCAAUAUUCACACAUCUAGUCCACAGGAGUGUACCAAUUCGGAAUCAGGUUCAUCAGCAGAAGUGAUUGGUGCCUGUUUAAACCGAUUGACAAUUGGGAGUGGUUCUAGCGGUCUCCCGUGUGAGAAUAGUGGGGAACAACUUGCACAAGACCCUUUAGCCAACCCUUUGGUUAAACAAGUGACUUAUGUACAAUAUCAGUCUGAGCUUCAAAUGCCUGACAUUAUGAGGCUAAUACAGAAGGAUUUAUCAGAGCCUUAUUCAAUAUACACUUAUCGAUACUUUAUACACAACUGGCCCAUGUUGUGUUACCUGGCAAUGUAUGGAGAAAAAUGUGUUGGAGCAAUUGUUUGUAAAUUGGAUGUCCAUAAGAAAAUUGUUCGCCGCGGCUACAUUGCUAUGCUAGCCGUAGACGAGAAGUACCGACAGGAAAAGAUUGGUUCCAAUUUAGUUAUGAAAGCUAUUGCUGCCAUGGUUGCUGACGGAGCUGAUGAAGUAGUUUUGGAAACAGAAAUAACUAACGAACCGGCGCUACGUCUCUACGAGAAUUUAGGCUUCGUCCGCGACAAGCGACUUUUUCGGUACUAUUUAAAUGGCGUAGAUGCUUUACGUCUGAAAUUGUGGCUUCGUUAAAGAAAGUGAGGUAGAUUCUCGUCAAAUGGGAAACCUUGCCUAACUUGACUUUGUUCUCAAGGGUUUAGUUGUUCUAUCUAUCCCGGUUCGAUCUUCCCCACUAUCUGUCGCUCUUUUGUUGUUGUUUUUUAAACUGAAUUGUCCUAUUUUCUUUCUUCCUUCCCUUCGCCGGGAUUUUCAUCGCUAGUCUUGGUUGUUUACUCCCUAUUACUUUCCCUUGCUAUUAUUCUUAAUUCUUUAUAAUCUGUCAGUCUUGUUUUGACGGUAGCUUUUGUCCGCGCGCCUGUUGUCUCUUUCCACCCAGAAUUCGGCUAUUGAGCACCGGAAAUCAUCUUCUUUGAAAACAAUACAGCACAGAUGCUGAGCGACUUUCACAAAAUUGUUUUGCGUGUUUGUACAUACAUGACGGGAUCAUUCAUAGCCCCGCGUUGAAUUGCAGCCUUGUAUCUUUGUAUCCACAUUUCUUGGAAAGCAAGUGGCAAUUUUUUUUGUUGAUUAUUUCUUGCGCCGCGUUCGUGCUCCACUUUGGUAAACGAACACAUGGGCUGACUGAUUUUUUUUAUAGUAUGCCUUCUUCCUUUAUGUUAUCAUUACUAUAAUUUUUUUCAAGUUUCUUUGUUCUCCAGAAUGAGCCCAACAUCAUCUUUGAAUAAUCGUCCUUCAAAUUGGGGCAGUUGUUUAUAAUUUUUGAUGUGCAAGUGAAUACACUAUCCGGAUGACG